GCACGUCUCGCACUCUCUUCGCUUCACACAUCGACUCCACCACCAAGAUAUGACCUCAGGAUACCAGUAGAACCCCCCCUCAUAUUUGGUCCUCCGGCCAAUUGACCAUCGAUCUAUCCUAGGACUUGCCAGAACACCGGCCCACCAUGCCCAAGGCCGACAAACGAGCCAAGCUCGCGCAGCUUGCUGCAUUGCGAAAGGCUGGCAAGAAGACCUUCGAUUCGUAUGAGGUCGAGCAAGUGGAGGAGCUGUACGAGGAGGUGGACGAGGAUCGCUACAAGAAGAUCGUGCGGGAACGCCUGAAUCAAGACGACUUCGUUGUGGACGAUAAUGGUGAAGGUUAUGCCGAUGACGGCCGUGAGGACUGGGACCGUGUUCAGCAGUACGAGAGUGACAGCGAGGACGGCUUCCCAGUUAGAGGGAAAGAGAAUAAGAAGUCCAAAAAGCAACGCGACGAGGACCAGUCCAAGCGAGACGCAAAUGACCGGGAUAUCAGCGAAUUCUUCACCAAGGGCGCCGCCAAAGCUCAGUCGAAACCAAAGGUCAUAAAAACCGAGGAAGAUGACGAAUUCCUUGCCGGCCUGCUUGGAGAGGUCGACCGCAAUGUACCAGCUGCAGCACCUCGCCAGUCCAAGAAGAGGGAGAGGUCUCCCGAGAAACGCCGUACACGCAUCCCUUCGCCAGCACCUGAUUUCAAGCGACCAGCAAUAAAGAAGGUCAGACGCAGCCCGGAGCCAGUGAUCUCGGCACCGCAGGACGACGAUACCUUCAUGGGUGACGACGAUGACUCUCUCCCAAUAAUGGGUGAUGACCUUCCUUCGUCUCUCCCCGCCAAUGGAAUCCCCACAAGUGACCCAGCACCGUCAUCACCAACAGUCGAUGCUGUCGGGCGCAAGACGAAGGCAGCGACCGAGAUCGAGGCUGAGGAUGAUGAAGACGAAGACAUGAUGGAGGUGGCACAUGCCGGUGCCAUCAACGCCGCUAGCGUUAACCUGACUGCGGCCAGGGUUCCCAAGAGAUUGAUCAAGGCCGAUCCAUAUCCUUCUCCUGCCAACUCAUCACCGCCUAAGGGCCCGUCAGAGGCAGCGGUUGACUCCUCGGCAUGGAACGACAUCAACCAACGUCUGAAUGUCGUCAGCAGCUCCCCUUCAGAAUCGAGAGGCAUCAACAAGAUAGACUACAAGGAUGCCAUUGAAGAGGACGGAAGUCUGAACAUGUUCUGGACAGACUACACCGAAGUCAAGGGUAGCCUCUGCUUGUUCGGCAAAGUUUUGAACAAGAAGACGCAGUCUUAUGUCAGUUGCUUCGUAAAGGUGGACAAUAUCCUGAGGAAGCUCUUCUUCCUGCCACGUCAAAACCGCGUGGAGCGCGGGAUUCAGACCGACGAGGAGGUUGGAAUGAUGGACGUCUACAAGGAAAUCGAUGCCCUUAUGUCCAAGAUGCACGUCGAUAUGUUUAAAAUCAAGGCUUGUACGAGGAAGUAUGCCUUUGAGCUACCAGGGAUACCAAAAGAGACGCAGUACAUGAAGCUCUUGUAUCCUUAUACUAAGCCCGCAGUCGAAAUGGGAACUACCGGCGAGACAUAUUCGCAAAUAUUCGGUACCAACACUGCUCUGUUUGAGCAAUUUGUCCUGUGGAAGAACAUCAUGGGCCCUUGCUGGCUAAAGAUCCAGGACGCCGAUUUUGGUUCUCUCAAGAACGCCUCACAUUGCAAGCUUGAGGUCCUCGCGGAGCAUCCCAACAUGAUAUCGCCAUUGAGUGACUCGGACAACCUCGACGCCCCUCCACUGACCGUGAUGAGCUUGGCCAUGCGGACGACAUUCAACGCCCAGGACAACAAGCAAGAAAUUCUUUCCAUCAGUGCUAGAAUAUACGAGAACAUCUCUCUCAGCGACACAACACCGGCAGACAAGCUCCCAUCGCGGACGUUCACUCUCAUCCGGCCGAACGGUCCUGCAUUCCCAGGAGGCUUCGAGCAAACGGCGAAGACCCGAAAACGUGGCCUGAUCAAGCCGAUGAAGCAAGAAUCCGAAAUGCUGAUGUUCUUCUUGGCACAAAUCGACGUGGUGGACCCCGAUGUGAUUCUCGGCCACCAGCUGGAAGGCGUUGACUACUCGGUCCUCCUCAGCCGAUUAAGAGAGAAGAAAAUACAUGGGUGGUCUCGUCUCGGCAGACUCAGGCGAUCUGACUGGCCCUCGUCAAUAGGGAAGAUGGGCGGCAAUGUUUUUGCCGAGCGCCAGAUCAUCGCUGGCCGCCUGCUCUGCGACCUCGCCAACGAAGCUGGCAAGUCAGCGAUGUACAAAUGCUCGACGUGGAGCUUGACGGAAAUGUGCAGUCUCUACCUGUCUGGCGAUAACAUGCGUCGAGACUUCGACAACGAAGCGGCCUUGAAGACGUGGGCCAAGACCAAGGACGGCCUUAUGGACUAUGUCUCCCACGUCGAGACUGAUACAUAUUUCAUCACCGCUUUGGCACUCAGAGUACAGCUUCUGCCACUGACCAAGAUUCUGACCAAUCUCGCUGGCAACUCCUGGGCGAGGACUUUGACCGGUACACGUGCGGAGCGAAACGAGUACAUUCUGUUGCACGAGUUCCACCGUAACAAAUAUAUCUGUCCUGACAAGCAGCCCUUCAAAGGUCGACAGCGCGUGGAAGAUGAAAAUGCUGAGGAAGCUGCCGACGGCAAGAAGAAGGACAAGUACAAGGGCGGUCUCGUCUUCGAGCCCGAAAAGGGUCUUUAUGACAAGUUCGUCCUGGUCAUGGACUUCAAUUCGCUGUACCCAUCUAUUAUCCAGGAGUUCAACAUCUGCUUCACUACCGUGGAACGGUCUUCACUGUCCGAGGAUGAGGAGGCAGUUCCCGAAGUCCCUACUGAACAAGAGCAAGGUAUCCUACCCAAGCUUAUUGCCACUCUUGUCAGCCGUCGACGAGAGGUGAAGAAGUUGAUGAAGGACAAGACCGCUACCCCCGAGCAGGUCGCGACGUGGGACAUUAAGCAACUUGCCUUGAAGCUGACGGCCAACUCCAUGUACGGAUGCUUGGGUUACGACAAGUCACGAUUCUAUGCUCGUCCCCUGGCUGUUUUGACGACGUUCAAAGGCCGUGAGAUUCUCCGCAGCACAAAGGAUCUCGCAGAGAGCAAGUCUCUCCAGGUUAUUUACGGUGAUACUGACUCUGUCAUGAUCAAUGCCAACGUCGACAACGUCAAGGAUGCCUACAAGGUGGGCCACGAGUUCAAGAAGGCAGUCAACGAAUCAUACAGGCUGCUGGAGAUCGACAUCGACAACGUCUUCCGUCGCAUUCUCCUGCAGGCCAAGAAGAAGUAUGCCGCUAUCAACAUGAUUGAACAAGAUGGCAAGUUCAUCGAGAAGAUGGAAGUCAAGGGUCUGGAUAUGAAGCGACGAGAAUAUUGCGGUCUGUCCAAAGAGAUUUCAAGCCGGCUCUUGAAAGAAAUCCUUUCCGGUGACGACACGGAGGUAUCCAUCCAGCGAAUCCAUGAAUACUUGCGGGAGAUCUCAGGCAAGAUGCGUGAGCAGGCCAUACCCGUCCAGAAAUACAUCAUUUUCACGCAGCUCGGCAAGGCCCCCAAGGAGUACCCGAACGCCGACUCCAUGCCCCAGGUGCAGGUUGCUCUGCGGGAACUCGCCCGGGGCAAGACUGUGAGGAAGGGCGAUGUAAUCUCCUACAUCAUCACAGACGACAGCAAGUCCGAGUCGGUUGCCAAGCGGGCGUAUACCCCACAGGACGUCCUCAAGAAGGACUCUGGUUUGGCUCCGGAUGUCGAGUGGUACAUUGGCAAGCAGAUCUUCCCGCCAGUUGAGCGUCUAUGUGCCAACAUCGUCGGCACCUCCACAGCACAGCUGGCCGAAUGUCUAGGCCUGGACAUCCGCCGCUACGCCAACAAUGCCAACAACGCGAGCAGCGGCAACAGCAAUGACCUCGAGAUCCACCCGCUCGAGUCGCAGAUCCCAGACGAGGUCCGCUUCGGCGGAUGCACGCGCCUACAGCUGCGCUGCCGCUCCUGCAAGAAGUCGUCGACGUUCGAGGGCCUCCUCGCGAGCCCUGACCGCGUCGCGCCGGCCGGCGUUGUGUGUGGCUCCUGCGGUGCCACCAUGUCGACGCUCUCGGUGGUGGCACAGGUGGAGCGCGCGAUCCGCACCGCGACCGCCGCCUACUACGAGGGCUGGCUCGUGUGCGACGACAGUAGCUGCGCGAACCGCACUCGGCAGAUGAGCGUCUACGGCACCCGCUGCCUCGGCCCCAAGGGCCUGGCGCGCGACUGCCUCGGCCGGAUGAGAUACGAGGUCUCGGAGCGGGACAUCUACAACCAGCUGGUGUACUUUGCCAGCCUGUGGGACGUGGACAGGGCCAGGGCCAAGGCGAGCGGCGAAGGGCGCGAGGCUGCGGUCGCCGACCGCGAGACGAGGGAGAAGAUCCUGGCGCUUGCGGAGCACAACCGCACUAGGUUCGGGACGGUGAAGGGUGUUGUUGAUAAAUACUUGGACAAGUGCGGGCGGCAGUGGGUUGCGAUGGACACGCUGUUUGCGAAGUUGGGCUUCACUGCUGUCUGAGGUGGGAGUCCAUUAAGUAAAGUCGGGUUAUUGUUGGCGUUUCGAUGCACUUUGCGAGGGGCCAAGACAGUUUAGUGUACCUUUACCGCCAUAAUUUGGGUCACGAGGAGUUCAAGGACACACUUCUUUUAGCAGCUACUGUAUUCGCAUCGUUUCCCAUGAAAAUAUCUACCUCUCUUCCCGGGGUGCAUUCGUGGAUAUUCGAGUCAAUAUCUAGUGGUAUCUCACUGCACAUCCGACAGCAACACCUGGCUAGGUAGGCUAGGCUUUGCGAUCAUGGAGGCUUUGGCGUGGUGGGAGAUGACUACUGCGGCUUACGAUUUCGCUCAUACUGCAUCGACAUUUGAACAUCUGAACUGAUUAAUU